AUGACUGCGGUACUUCAAUCCACUAGGGAAAGGGAGAAAAUUCAAGGUAUGUUCACGAGGGGGAAGAACGAGGGAUUGGGGGAGGCUCGCGUGGGAAGAGUUGUGGAGGCUUCUUUUGUGGAAUUGGAGGUUAUAGAGUGGGUUUGUGUUGGAGAGAGUACCUACCUUAUACGGUCGAUAGGAUGGGGGAUCCUGAUGUUGGGUAUGAUGGUUGAGGUGAUGUGGGACCGGAUCUGGGAAGCCGAAGAUCUUUGA